CUAUUAUCCACCAAUCCAAGAUCACUAAUAAAAAAUGCCACCCGCCAAUAAGAACACAGAUAAUGAUAUUCAAAGAUAAGGACCCCCAAACCUCCAAAUCACCCUAUAAAACACACUCAUCUCCACCUUCCACAAUUCACCACCUCUUGAAGAAACUUCAAAAAAAACACCCAUCUCCUCUCACUCACACUCACACUCACAUUCUCACUCACAGCAAUGGCCGCCUCCACAAUGGCUCUCUCCUCCCCAUCCUUCGCCGGUCAGGCGGUCAAGCUCUCCCCCUCCACCCCCAGCCUCUCCGGCGGCCGCGUCUCCAUGCGUAAAUCCGCCACCAAGUCCGUCUCCUCCGGCAGCCCCUGGUACGGCCCCGACCGCGUCAAGUACCUCGGCCCCUUCUCCGGCGAGGCCCCCAGCUACCUCACCGGCGAGUUCCCCGGCGACUACGGCUGGGACACCGCCGGCCUCUCCGCCGACCCGGAGACCUUCGCCAAGAACCGCGAGCUCGAGGUGAUCCACUGCCGGUGGGCCAUGCUCGGCGCCCUCGGCUGCGUCUUCCCCGAGCUCCUCGCCCGCAACGGCGUGAAGUUCGGCGAGGCCGUGUGGUUCAAGGCCGGCUCUCAGAUCUUCAGCGAGGGCGGCUUGGACUACCUCGGCAACCCCAGCUUGGUCCACGCGCAGAGCAUCUUGGCCAUCUGGGCCUCGCAGGUGGUGCUCAUGGGCGCCGUCGAGGGCUACCGCAUCGCCGGCGGCCCCCUCGGGGAGAUCACCGACCCCAUCUACCCCGGCGGGAGCUUCGACCCCUUGGGGCUGGCCGAUGACCCCGAGGCCUUCGCCGAGCUCAAGGUGAAGGAGAUCAAGAAUGGGAGACUUGCGAUGUUCUCGAUGUUCGGAUUCUUCGUUCAGGCCAUCGUCACCGGAAAGGGGCCGUUGGAGAACCUCGCCGACCACCUUGCCGACCCGGUCAACAACAAUGCAUGGGCCUUCGCCACCAACUUUGUGCCCGGAAAGUGAGGGGUGGAUAUGAUGAUGAGUUUUUGUGGUGUAAAUGUGCAUGUUGAGCUAAUGGGAAAUUAUCUAAUUUUUUGUUUUGCAUUAGCUUUGUUAAUGAUGUGGUUCGUGGUGACCGGAUCUUAGUGUUGCUUUGUAUAAUCUGCUAUCACCAGAUUUUAUGUGAAUUGUGAUGUUCCUUAA